AUCGUCUCAUUUCCUUCUUUUUCUCUUCUUCUCUCUAAAAAUUAGAAAGUACGUUUCUCCCAGAAUUUAUUUUCAUCUUCUCCUUCUAAAUCAAAGCUCUGUUUCAGAGAGAGAGAGAGAGAGAGAGAGAGGUAAUGGCGAGGGGUCCUGUAGUCGAUGCAGAGUAUCAGAAGGAUGUUGAAAAGUCUCGUAGAGACCUCAGAGCGCUCAUUGCUAGCAAGAACUGUGCUCCCAUCAUGCUUCGUUUAGCAUGGCAUGAUGCUGGCACUUAUGAUGUUAACACAAAGACAGGUGGUCCUAAUGGGUCAAUCAGGAAUGAGGAAGAGUACAGACAUGGUUCAAAUAACGGCUUAAAAAUUGCAUUAGACUUUUGUGAGGAAGUGAAGGCAAAACAUCCAAGGAUUACAUAUGCAGACCUUUAUCAGCUUGCUGGGGUGGUUGCUGUUGAGGUCACUGGAGGACCGACUAUUGACUUCCGUCCAGGUAGAAAGGAUUCGUUGGUUUCUCCCAAAGAAGGACGGCUUCCUGAUGCCAAACAAGGUUCACAGCAUCUGAAAGACAUUUUUUAUCGGAUGGGUCUUUCUGACAAGGAUAUUGUGGCGUUGUCUGGUGGCCAUACACUGGGAAGGGCACAUCCAGAGAGGUCAGGCUUUGAAGGACCUUGGACAAAGGAGCCUCUGAAAUUUGACAACUCCUACUUUGUGGAGCUGCUGAAAGGGGAAACAGAAGGGCUGUUGAAGCUUCCGACGGACAAGACUCUAUUGGUGGAUCCUGAGUUUCGAUGUUAUGUCGAGCUGUAUGCAAAGGAUGAGGAUGCAUUUUUCAAAGACUACGCGGAAUCACACAAGAAACUUUCUGAACUGGGAUUUUCUCCUAGUUCGUCCACCUCAGUCAACAAGAUAGAUGCAAAGACCAGUACUGUAUUGGCGCAAAGUGCUGUUGGAGUUGCCGUUGCUGCCACUGUGGUAAUCCUUAGUUACGUCUAUGAAGUUAGCAGAAGGGCAAAGUAGACACUCUGUGCUUUGUUCUGGCACUUCUUUAUUAGUUACUACAUACCAUGGAAGUGAAGUUCUUAAAUCACUGUUGAAUAAUGUAAGCUGUCCUGCAAAGCCUAGAUGAGCUUGGCUCAUAUAAAAGUCGUAUUGGACUAUAUGGGCCCCAUGUGGGACUUUGACCCACGAGUUUGGGAAAGCUACAGUAAGACUUUUCUGCCUGAUAUCAAAAUAAUUGUGGUCAUUGUCACGAAAGAUAUAUGAGUUCAGGUUCACUCC